AUGUCCACAACAGUUACUACAAUAAGAAAACGAAAAACUAUUGAUGAUGAAGAUAGAUCAAUUAGUAAAAAAGUUUGUUUACUUGGAUCAUGUAAUGAUAUAAAAGCAUAUAAUGUUUGUAAAUUUUCAAGACCAUUUGGAUAUAUGUCAGACAUA